UUUGACAACUACCCUAACCUCAUUUCAAAACCCACCAUCAAGUUUUUUUCGAAAAGUGCCUUAUUUUACAGUGAUAUGUUUUACAAUAUCUUUGAUUGUUGCACAGAAACGCCGAAAAACCCCCUAGAAUUGUUCCACACUUACACAGAUUCUCAAAAUUAUGUGAACGCUGAAAAUUCGGAGACUGAAAUCAACGGCCACAUUUUAUGCAUUGCGAUUGAACAAGUCGAAAUUAUCACUAGAAAAAUCAAAACCAACUGGCAUUACCUCCAAAGUGUGGUUUUAAACGAAACAACAAUAGCCUCAGACGACCUAAUCAAAUUACGAGAAGAGAUCAACAAGUGUUUGAAACUAAUUAUCGAGUGUUUGAAGUUGUGUGAGAGUGAUAUCCUCAAGGAGCGCUAUGUCACGUCUUCGUGGCUUCACAUCAAGAAAAUUGCACAAUUAACUUUGCCAAUAUCGGAGUUAGAACGGGAUAUUUACUUGAAGUUAGUAAGUCCAAGUAAUAGGGACAGGUGCCCCGUUUUUCAAUACUUCCACACUUUUUUGGACGUCCAGUUUUACUUACUAAUGUUUGAUUAUGUUUGCGGUAACAGUGAGGAGCUGCAAGACCGCAUAAAUAUCGUCGUUAAUGAUUUAGUGACGUUGAGUGCAAGUGGACACAAACAGAAAAGUAACUCUGCGUUUGUUUGCAACUGCACGAAAAACUUGUGGUUGAUUAUUCAAAAAUUAUGUGAGAAACACUUGGAAGGGUCUUUCUGGCCGAUAUUUAAUAAAAGUGUGGAGAAUCUCAACGGUGAUUGUAUUUUGUGGCUGCUUAAAGAGGUAGCAACUCUACAAGCUUCAAAUAAUUUUAAACAACCAAAUUUCACACUACUAGAACCAUCACUGAAAAAAGUCCUGUCAGGAGCAGACUUCAACACUUCCAUUUUACCAAUUUUGAAGUCUUUAGAGCCUCUUUUGUGUGAUUUGUGGUUAAAGUCGUCAAAAAUCGAAAUAUAUCAAGCGCUUUGGGACCAUUUUAGUAAGAGAUUGAACAUAUCGUUCAGAGGCAGUACGGAUUUCACUCUAACUCAGUUAGUUGAUUUAAUUGAUACGAUACUAUGGUCCGGGAAGGAUUGUGAAUACGAUUUUGAACUGUACUUGGCUAUGUUGACAACGCAUUUGAGCGAACACCCGUACCAUUGGGGCAAAAUGAAAGGGCGGAUUUAUUCGCAGUUGGGUCCAAAUAAACUAAAAGAUUUGCAAAAAACCGGAAUUUUCAACGUCUUGCUGCUGUAUCUCGCAUUGACCAAAGUCAACUUUGAAGAGCUGUCCAAGAAGUUUCUUUCGUUUAUUGAGAAUUUGCCGGCGGAGAAAAGGCAAACUCAACUGAUUUGGAGCUUUUAUGCGGCAUUUAUGGUUCGCCACGUGCGCGAAAACCGAGACAUCGAAACCAUCACCCAACCAUUUAUCAAAAUGUCCGAAGAAGCAUCAACCGACCAAAAAUUCUCCCAUUUGCUCAAAACGUUCGUCUCAGACUUCGACAACAUCAUCACCAUCAGCGCAAACCUCCAGCUCCACCAAUGGCUCCUCAUCAACACCUGGAUCCACCAAUACAUGACCACCUGCUACUACCCCGACCUCUUAACCCUCCUUACCACCCUCCUGAAAAUAAUCGAUCGAAUCAGCACCGAACUAAUGUGGUGCGAGUGGGAAUCCGCAUUCAAAAACAACGUCUACCCCACUUUGAAAUACGUGGCGGGGUCGCGCAGCGCCCCCGAAACUUGCGGCACCCUAGCUGCGAAAAUCGCAACACUGACUCCAACCCUACAAUCGGAAGCCUUCACCUUCUUCAACGCCGAAAACAUCGCACCGAAAGUCUCGGCAAAUUUUCUCUGCACAAUCCUCGAAAACUACCCCACGUGUUGUUUAACACCCGCCCAGGAAAUCGUAGCUUUGCAAACUUGGGUCAAAUUCUGCCUUCUGACCCGAGACGGUUACGAGGAACUCACCAAUCAGAUUGUUAAGCUGGGGGUGAUUCCCCCGUUUAUCAAAAACGCGAUCAUAAAAGUCAAAGACCCGCUGUGUGCCUUCAUCGAAUACAUCGGCAGUAAUAUAAAAGAAUACGCUCAGUCGGUCACAAUGAGCAAACUGUGCGAGAAUUUUUUCGGCCAGACUGAGCGCUGGAUUGGCCAGUUUUUGGCGCAGCCUGAUAACGAAGCCACCGUUUUGCGAAUAUUCACAUGCAUAGGGCUCGCUUUUUACAAACUGGGGCCCUUAUUGUACAACAAACACAAGUCGAGUUGUCCAUACGCCCGUCUUGUCUCUGCCGUUUUGUUACCAACUGAGCUCCUAAUCGGGAAACCCAUCCAUGCGUUCGUUUUACAAAGUGUGAAAAAAACCUGGCAUUUAUUUUUCGAAGCCACUGUUAAAUUAAACAGCAAUGAUGCGUUUCUCGACCGAAUUUUGCGCGAUAUGGUUGUGAAAUACGUGCCGCAUUUUGCAAUUGCCGACUCGCCAAUGCUCAAAUGCCUCGACAAUGAAACCAACGCGGAAAUAAUCCUAGAGAAAUUAUCAAACGCCUUCUUCAAACAACCGUCAAAAGAGGCCGAAUCAACAAUUUCCAAAUCGCUGAAAUUAGUUAACGAUUUUGUCCAAAGCACUACGUCCGAAAAGUCACUCAAGUUGGUUGUAGAUAAAACAUUGUAUGGCCUCCUUGAGGUUGUUAUGUUUCACAAUCGCAGAAAUAUGGCACUGGAUGCGAUUAAAAGCAUAACGUGUUCGCCGUUGUACGCAAAAGUUAGGGCCGAGUUUGAGGAUAUUGUAGUGGCAGUGACUGAAAAACAUUUGGCGUUUAAUAGUCCGAAUUAUUUUCAGUUGAUGGGACAUUUGGCACGAAUGGCUCCCGAGACUGUGAAAAAUAUAACUCCUAGAGUUAAGCAACAUUUGGCGAAUGUGGAGAGGAUGCGAGGGGUUGGGUAUGAUAAAAAUUUGCGGCUGAAUUUGGAAAGACUGGAAGCUUCGUUGUUACAUAAAUCUUAAUUAUAAGUAAAUUAUUGUAAAUAUUUUUUAUUAGCGAUUUUUUUAAUUGAGAAUAUACUAUCCAAAAAUCCCAUAGAAAAUUUUUUAGAAAACCAUCUAAAAAUAAUUUUAAAUAACAUAUGUACAGGGUGCUGCAUUUUGGAUGAUCGAAUAGGGGAUUUCCGAAACUAACAACAGGUUUAGAGAAAAAGCAGUGGCACAUUCUAUUUAAAAGAAUACAACGUUCUAUUAUUAACUUCUCUGUAAAGUGUCUGUAUAAUGUUUUUGUUUCAAAUGUGUAUCUUUUAUAAUAAGGAAGGUAUGAAUUUUUUAAGAUUGCACUAAAAUGUCAACUUUUGUUUAUAUGUCGAAAACAAAGGACGAUAGCGGGAUGCGGUUUUGACCAAAAUUAUUUUCUUAAAAAACGGUCCAGAGAAUGUGUCAUUUGUUUUUCUCUAAACCUCUUAGUUUCGGAGAUCCCCUAUUCGGACAUCCAAAAUACACCACCCUGUAUAACAGCAAAUUUAAAAAUAAAUAAAUUGAAAAAUGUGAUGGGCUAAAAAGCCCUUUGUUAUUUCUUUGUAUAAAAUUAAUGUCUGCUUAAUUGAAGAGUGUAAAGAUUAUUGCUUUAUAUUGUUAGAAAGGUUACAAAGAAUUAAAAUAAUGUUCUUAACAUAAACAUUUAUUUCAUACCGAGUGCGAUGUUAUCCUCGAAGAGCUUUAGUUACGGGUUUAAAAUAAACAGCUAGCAUGCAACAGUCUUAAAAAGCAAGUGCUGAUUUGUUUUACAAAGUGUGAAGAAAACCUGGCAUUUAUUUUUCGAAGCCACUGUUAAAUUAAACAGCAAUGAUGCGUUUCUCGACCGAAUUUUGCGCGAUAUGGUUGUGAAAUACGUGCCGCAUUUUGCAAUUGCCGACUCGCCAAUGCUCAAAUGCCUCGACAAUGAAACCAACGUGGAAAUAAUCCUAGAGAAAUUAUCAAACGCCUUCUUCAAACAACCGACAAAAGAAGCCGAAUCAACAAUUUCCAAAUCGCUGAAAUUAGUUAACGAUUUUGUCCAAAGCACUACGUCCGAAAAGUCACUAAAGUUGGUUGUAGAUAAAACAUUGUAUGGCCUCCUUGAGGUCGUGAUGUUUCACAAUCGCAGAAAUAUGGCACUGGAUGCGAUUAAAAGCAUAACGUGUUCGUCGUUGUACGCAAAAGUUAAGGCCGAGUUUGAGGAUAUUGUAGUGGCAGUGACUGAAAAACAUUUGGCGUUUAAUAGUCCGAAUUAUUUUCAGUUGAUGGGGCAUUUGGCACGAAUAGCUCCCGAGACUGUGAAAAAUAUAACUCCUAGAGUUAAGCAACAUUUGGCGAAUGUGGAGAGGAUGCGAGGGGUUGGGUAUGAUAAAAAUUUGCGGCUGAAUUUGGAAAGACUGGAAGCUUCGCUGUUACAUAAAUCGUAAUUGGAUUUUAUUUGUAAGUAAAUUAUUGUAAAUAUUUUUUAUUGGCGAUUUUUUAAUUGAAAAUAUACUAUCCAAAAAUUCCACAA